AAAAGAAGCUUUUAUUUAUUUUGAGUAAUAAAGGCCCAUUUCAUUUAGACGAAAAUCAUUAUAAUACAUGUCGCAGCCCAUUUCUCUAAACUCGUAAGUACAUAGGUUUUUGCCGGUCUGACGUGGCAAAAAGGAACAUUUCUACUGGUUGAAUUUUUGAUCCUAUGUGGACACCUUCUCCAUUGACUAUAUCCAACUUUUUGUAUUGUUAGAUUAGAUUGGGUCUUUAACAUAUUUAGGCAUUUUCCACUGGAAGAGGACUUUAUAUCUACCUUUUGGAUUUUCUGUUCCUAAAAUGUUCCUAUAAAAAAUAAAAAUAAAAAUGAGAUAUAGAAAAGAGAGAAUAAUUAAGUCUGGUGAUUUAGAGCAUGUCCUCAGUAAGGAGCCCUUAAGGGACCUCAUAGGGGUCCUUAACUUUUUCUCGAGCGGUGGGAGAUUCGCGACGAGGAUAAAGAAGAUCCAAGGUGGAGGUGAGACUGCGAGCAAGACGACGACGGCGAAGCUCGAGCUCGACGACGAAGGUGAGCUACUGUCGCAGUGUAACAUGGACGGUGGCUUGAAGAGGCGGAAGCUCGUUGAUUCCGACGACAGUGGAGGAUUGACGCCAUGGAGAAAGCUGUCACGGUUUAGAGCUGAACGGAGAUGGGGAAUCGCGGAGCGAUGCGGCGGCUUGGAAUGGUGAACACGGUUACGACCAGAGGGCUUGAUGCUAUCGCCGGAGAAGCUCAGAUUGAUGACGAAGUGCUGUAGCGGCUAUGGAGAAGCUUGAUACGAAGAAGAAGGGGAGUCGGAGCUCGAGCUCCUAAAGUUUCACAGCGGAACAAAGGAGAGAGACACAAUCUCGACAUCCAAUGAAACACUGCCACCUAGGGUUACUUACCAUUUCCUAAAAUCCCAUAAUAAGUACUGGUCCUGUCCUUUUUCCUCCUAUUUCAUUUAUUUAUUUUUUUUCUUUUUUGGGAACCCUGCGGCAAGGACCGCCGAUGGACAUGGUCUUAAUGAUUGUUACUUCCAUCACCUUCGUUUCUUUCUCUGUAUUCAAUUUUCUUUCCCAUCUUUCUCUUCUUCUUUAAAUCCAUUACCAUUUUUUUGAAAAUUUGUACUUACUUCAAAUUCCAGCCAUCUUAACUCCUCGUUUCGUUCA